CAUACACGAGUUUCUGUUAGUUGAGCUGAAGUCCACUCACUAACUCCACUUACUAAACGUUUACAAAUGUAUACUCUGUCUUAAAUGCAUGCAUCUCGCUACUUAACAAAAGUUUCAAUGUUGAAAACGUACGUUGAAAAAAUUGACUUAAAAUGAGAAAAUUAAUCUUAGGAAUUGGCGGGAUGACAAAUGGAGGAAAGACGACUCUGAGUAAAAGCCUCCAGGAGCUUCUGCAAAACAGCUGUGUUAUUUCUCAAGACAACUUCUUCAAGGAUGACUCGCUGGUCCCUGUUGAUGUCAAUGGCUUUAAGCAAUACGACACUUUGGACGCCCUGCACAUGGACAGGAUGAUGGCAGACACGGGUUUGUGGCAGGAGGAUCCUCAGAGCUUCAUGACAUCUCGUGGUCUCGCAGUGAAAUCCACACCAUCAGAGCCAUCCAAUGUGUUUAUUAUUAUAGUGGAAGGAUUCCUCAUUUUUAAUCACAAGCCACUUAAUAGCUUGUUCAACAAGAGGUACUUCCUGCAGAUCCCUUAUGAGACAUGUAAAGAGAGAAGAAGCUCAAGAGUCUAUGUGCCUCCGGAUCCACCAGGCUACUUUGAUGGAUAUGUCUGGCCCAUGUACUUAAAAAAUAGAAAAGUGAUGGAAGAAACUGUAAAUGACAUAGUGUUUCUGGAUGGCACACAGAAGAGAGAGGCGUUGCUCUCAACUGUUCUUGCAGACAUUCAGGAGAUGCCUAUGGUUAUACAGAGAUGAGUUGUCAGAUUUUGAGGACCAACGUUUCGCAGCUGUCUGUUUCUGCAAGUAUACUAUCAGAAUCAGAAUUAUGAGGAGCUUUAAUACCAAAUAUGUUUACUCACUCAAGGAAUUUGACUUCGCGAACAAGAGCUUCCAGUGCAGAAGAAAGUACACACACAGUGCAAACAUAGAUGUUAGUGCAGAUAUACAUAGAAUCACACAGUAAAGACAAAAUAACACUGAUAUAAGAAAAACUGAAAAUAAGUAAUGCACUAUAUAUAGAAAUAUAAAGAAAAACAUAUGUUUAAAUGAAUGUACAGAAAUGUUAUUUACAAGUGUACCAUGUAUACAAUGUACAGUUUCCAAAUACCAUGUAUAAAAGUGUUAGUUAUGAUGGA